AUGUGGGUCUCCUCCAAACCUUCACAAACUUCCUUCCUCUGCCCUUUACAACUCCCCAAUCCAAUCCCCAACAACACCACUCCCUCCAAAUCACAUUCACAUCCCCUCACCCAAAUCCAAUGCGGCCUUCGCGAGCUCCGUGUCCGCAUCGACUCCGUCAAGAACACUCAAAAAAUCACCGAGGCCAUGAAGAUGGUGGCCGCCGCCAAAGUCCGUCGAGCCCAAGAAGCCGUCCUCAACGCUCGACCCUUCUCCGAGACCCUCGUCGAAGUCCUCUACAACAUCAACGAACAACUCCAAACCGAAGACAUCGACAUCCCACUUACAAAAAUCCGUCCCGUCAAAAAAGUCGCUUUAGUAGUCGUCACCGGAGAUCGAGGCCUUUGCGGAGGCUUCAAUAACGCCGUCAUACGAAAAUCCGAGGCCCGAAUGAGAGAGUUGAAAGAGCUCGGGAUCGAUUAUACGGUCAUAAGCGUGGGAAAAAAGGGGAACGCUUACUUCAUCCGCCGGCCUUAUAUUCCGGUUGAUAAAUUUCUCGACGGGAGUUCGCUACCGACCGCGAAAGAAGCACAAGCGAUCGCGGACGAUGUUUUCUCUCUCUUCGUGAGCGAGGAAGUCGAUAAAGUCGAGCUUCUUUACACGAAGUUCGUCUCGCUAGUGAAGUCGGACCCUGUUAUACACACUUUGUUGCCGCUUUCGCCCAAGGGUGAGAUCUGUGAUGUGAAUGGGGUUUGCGUGGAUGCGGCUGAGGACGAGUUUUUCCGGCUCACGACGAAAGAGGGAAAGCUGACGGUGGAGAGGGAUGUGGUGAGGACUAAAACGUCGGAUUUUUCCCCGAUCUUGCAGUUCGAGCAGGAUCCGGUGCAGAUUCUUGAUGCUUUGCUGCCGCUUUAUCUCAACAGUCAGAUUCUGAGGUCUUUGCAAGAGUCGUUGGCGAGUGAGCUGGCGGCGAGGAUGAGCGCGAUGAGUAAUGCCACGGAUAAUGCGAUUGAGUUGAAGAAGAAUUUGUCGAUUGCGUAUAAUAGGGAGCGUCAGGCGAAGAUAACGGGUGAGAUUCUGGAGAUUGUGGCUGGGGCAGAUGCUAUGGCUUGA